AUGGGAAACGAAGCGUCCACUGGAAAUGUGACGUCUGCUCUGAAAGCAACCAAGAGGUCUAGCAACUUGCUCCUUGCCGGCUGGCAGAAGAGAAAGUUACCGACGCAACUCUUCGGAGUUGUUCGACAUACUGAACGUGCAGAUGGAGUCUUUGCAUUCUGGGAGAACGGCAGAUGGUCGAGCUCCGAGGACUGUAGGAGGUUCCCCCUGGAUCCACCACUCAGUGACGCAGGUCACGAGCAGGCAGAGAUCCUGGGCGUCAAUAUCCAACAGUUUGCUGAGCGGAAAGGCACUGACUUCCACGUGGUCGUUUGCUCGCCUUAUUCGCGGUGCGUGCAGACGGCAGUGAAGAUCUGCAAGCACUUAGGACCGCAAGUCAAGAUGCUGAUUGACCAGUCGCUGGGCGAGAUCUAUGGCCCGUCGGUGAUGGGGGAGGCCCAGCCUCGCGACCACAUGCGGGCAUUCACCGUGGCCGUGGACUACUGCAGAGAACACGACAUCAGCGUCGUAACCAGAGCGGUGGGGCAGAAGCCGGUCUGGCCCGAGUCGCUGCAAGAUGCGCGGCGGAGAUUUGCGCUGCGCUUCUUGCAGUACCUGCAGCGUGGCGCUGUGGCAAAGCGGAAUUUUCUCAUCGUUACGCACGGCGACUGCAUCGGGUCAGUCAUGAGCAUCAUGCCGGAACAACAGGAUCUGCUGGUGGAGAAGGUGGAGUACGGUGCGGCGAUUUUGGCAUCUAGGCAGAUGUCGCAGCGCCUGCCACCAACGCCGAAGAUGCCGAAGCAAUCCUCCUCUCGAGGCAUGUCGGCCGUUAUGCCAAUGUCAGCAGAGGAGGAAGCCAUGGUCGAAGGCAACAACGACUUUCCGCUCCAGGAGAGACUGGAGCACAUCGCUGAGGGCUUCGAGGACACCGAGGGAUCGGCAUCUGCUCACCGGGAGCCUGACAAGUGGGCCAUACCCGCAGAUGCGGUUGGCAAAAAUGACAUGGAAGUCAACAAGCUGUCGCAGAAGGUUGUGACUGGCUGGAACUGCGAGACAAUGAACAUUGCAUUUGGGAGGAAGAAGAGUAAAGGGUCCAAGUUGGCAAAGCGUCUGACAGCCCUUGUGGAGUCCGGGCCCUUUUCCAUGCAGAAAGUCGAGAAGCUCUUAGGAGCUAUUCCGCAGACGCCUCUCGGAGACAGCACCCCGCAGCCGCUGACUCCGAUGGUAAACCAUAGCACAACGCUCUCGAUGCAAUCCGGGCUGUCAGCAUCCACGUACCUGUUCGGCGGUUCUCAAGUCGACUCGGAGGAGUUCAAUCCUUUCAUACCAGCCAGUCCAGGCGCAACCAAUCAGCGCGUGCUUAGCUCCCAGCUGGACUUCCAGAAAAGAAAGAUGGAAUUAUCUCAAGCCUCGCAGAGAUCGGCCUCUGCCGUAGAUAAGUUAUCGCUGAAACAGUAUUUGAACCCACUAGAGGGUGUGAAGGAAGACUUCGAGAGGAGUCCUUCAAAAUGCUCGGCCCAGGGAUCUGCGGCGGUAGACGCUCCGGAGCCCCGCCGACAUGAGGAGGAUUCUUCCCCUCUUGUUCUGGAUGGGAGGUUUAGUGACUCGGGCGAGGGUGCUCGCUCAUCAAAAGGUAGCCACAUCAGUUUACUCAGUCAUGAAGAUGCCUCUCCGGUGAAGGAACUUCCAAAGAGACCGGAGCCUGUUGUGCCUGUGGCACCUGCUUCAGUCUCUGCUUCCAAGGAGACAACAUCGACAUGCACGACAGCUUCGAUGGCAACCCCGCCCCCAAAGCCAGUUGAGGAGCCGACAAAGAACUUCAGCGCUCCAGGAAAAUCCAGCCUCCUACAGCGGAGACGAGCAAGUCUCGGCAUCGCACCUCUUGGUCAGUGA